CACCAUCUACUGGAGCAGCAUCCUCAUUCUUUGGAAAGAAAGAAAAAGGYGACUUUCGAUUCARGGCCUCACAGAUUAGUGGUAGAUACUUCUAGAAUACUUGAAAAAACGAGUGGGAAACGCUUGCGUACRGAGAGCAACACGACAUAARACGUAGACAACAAACAAUGGAUCCAUUGGCAGGCAUCGGCAGUGGUGCCCUCCCCGCACCGGACGCUAGUGACGACAAAGACGUGUUUGACGUGACCACGCUCCGGUACAACCUGCAGCACGUGGAUACGGUUCGAUCGGUAAUGAACAUAGCCUCAGGCUGUGUUGCGGGAAUCUGUGGUUUAACCGGAUGGCAGGGACUGGGUGAGCAAUACACAUGAAUCGCUGUUGAAUAGCACGGUACGGCAACGCAUGGAAAUCGGAUCCAUGUCAUAUUCAACAUUGACAAUAAAACUGACAACUCCCUUUUUCGCACCGCAUGUUGUUCUAAUCAACUCGCGAAACAAACAAACCACGAUGAUKUUGACCUGGUCUGUAACUCCUAUGAUGGCAAAAAUCGAACUAAAUGAAACUGUAUGAUACCCGCACCAACAUUAUGGCAUAACUACAGCUUUAUUUUUGCUGCUCCAUCUCGCGGUCCUAACGAUUAUUUGGGCCACAAAGAUGAAUUUUCAGCUACGGUCUUAUACACGGCAAUCGGCAUGGUCSUAUGCGACGGCAAACGUACAACAAAGUGGCCUGUCGUUCACGCUGUUYUGGACUCUGUUUUAUGGGUUGGUCUACCUAUACUAGCACGGAAAGAAACGAUUUGGUUCAAUGGUUCAUCCCACAGAAUACAUGGUAGUCAGUAUC